UUUGUGCGUUUGCUACAGUGCUAAUGCCGUGAACAGCAGAGACGGUCUGGACACAGAAACUGGAAGUGAGUCCGUUCUCCGCCACCGCCGAGAGCGGGAACGAGAAAGGACCAGACGGAGGAGAGAUGACUGUGAGUGUAGCUACAAGAUUGUGCCUAAAUACUGUAACUUUUAUCAUAGGCAGGGUUCCUAAACAUUUUCCAUUUCAAAAUUCCAUACUUUUCCAGACUGAAAUUUUCAAACCUCUCUGCUGAUUUUUCAGACCAUAUUUAGACAUCAUACAUAUAUAGCUUGUAUACAGUACAGUCGUCUGCAAAUGUUUUAUUUUCUCUUUUUUUUCCCAUUGGUUUUCUUGAAGUGAUAACAUGCACUUACAUGAUAAGAAACCUAAAACGUUUUAUAACUUGCAUAUAUUCACCUCUGACAUCAGUUUGAUAUUGUAAUGGUGGUUUAAUGUUGCACGAUCACCAAAGAGCAAAGUACGGUCUGAUUUAAAUGAUGGUUUGCUUUUUUAUCUGUUGCUAGUUUGAGUGGCACAUGCACAUUCAUGUAGUGAAGUUCAAAAGAGAUUCUCUUAUGGUAAAAACAAAUAGUUUCUCAUAAUUAAAAUGUGCGCCUUGGAUUGAUUUAGUCGUGUUCAACAAUCACUAAAAUUUUGCCAUGAAAACACUCUGCUUGUAUGAUAAAUGUAUUUUUAUAUUUUAGAAAACUGAAUAGGAGCAAUAGUCUGGAAACACAAAUAUUUUUCCAUACUAUGUUUUCUUUUUUCCAUACUUAUCCAAACCUGGAUAUUACUAUACUUUUCCAUAGGAACCCUGCAUAGGUGACCAAAUCCAUGCUGUACAUGCCACUUUAUUUUUUGCCACAAACAUGCAUUCUUACACAAAAUUGAUAUAAUCAUGGCUUGAUCCUACCCUGAGCGUGACAGAUGUUUUACACCCUCUUAUGUAGGAUAUUUGCCUCAUUGGUGUGCUAAAUAUAUUUGUCUUUUCAAACUGAGGUCAAAAAGUCACCUCUUUUUGUGUGCAUUUUUUUUUUUUUUUUCAUAUGUAUAGUGGAGUUCCAUCUUAGUCUUUUUGUGUAUGCAUUUGUUUGUUUUUAGCUCAUUUAUAAAGUCUUAAUUUAUCCAUAAUUACCUACCAUGACAGACUGAAAAGACUUCUUUAAAUGUGUGCUCACAUUAAUAUUAUGCAAGAAUACAAAUAAAGCAAUCUGUCAUUUAAAUGACAAUUAACAGACACUCAUUGUACACUUUGUUUCUUUUUUUUCUUUGUUCUGUAUUUAAUCUUCCAUUGAUUGUUUGCACAAUACAUAACUGCACAAAUAACAAACAAUGUACAAUGGCAAAAAUGUUUGUAAAAUACUUAUUUACAACAACACGCGUACACCAGAGCAGAAUCACACACCCUUCCUGUCUAUUCAACAUAGUCCUCACCCUAACAAAACAAAUGCAUUCUCGUACACGCACAAACACACCCAGACCUCUCACAAUAAUUUAUCUGUGUAUGUGUGAUGGUAGUGCAAGUCUCUCUGUUGGCCCAUUAGUUCCUGCUGAUCAUUAAUCAGUGUGGCUUAAUUAGGUGGCCAGUCUGGAGACCGUGUCAGUGGUGACAGUGCAACACUCUGAGUUCACAAUUAAUAGGACAAAAAGGAAAAACAAAUAUUAGGUUUACAAGAUGCAUUCUUCCUCUGGGAAUAGCCAGGCAGUAGCUAGGGAUUCUGGGCCCUUGACUGAAUUUUGUGCUUUGGCCCUUUUCAGAUUUUCCAACAAAAUGCAUUUUAAAAAAAAAAGCGGAUUUAUUUAUUUUCCAUUUUUUAUUUUUUUUAAAUGCUAGACACACAACAAAGAAUUUACACAUAUAACAAGACAUCCAAACAAUGAACAUAGGCUAUUAAAAAAAAUAAUAAUAAUAAAAAUUAAGCUGUCCUAAAUGUUUUAGAUGUAUAUUUUGAGAACACGAAGAACAGUUAAUCAGGCGUAACAUUUAUUUAUUUAUGUAUUUAUUUAUUUCCACACAUACAAGCUAACGUCACACUUCGGAGUCGGACAAUAUCCUUAAAUUUCUGUUUAGAGGCUUUUCUCACCUCUCGGAGUGUUUGUGAAAACGCUCCAUUGUCUCGACGCGGGCAAAUGUUGCUUGUAAAUUAGAAUUGCACAUGAUGAUCAUUCUCAUGCUCGAGCAGCGGAUACAAAAAUCGAAAUUGUCGCGCGCUCAUUGUCCACGCGCUGCUGCUGUUGAUGAAUGACACUGCUCGUCUGGCCAGAGGCGCGAGCAGAAGGGGCGGAUAAUAAAUUCAUAUCGCGCGCUCCCGCGGGAGUUCUUGUGUCUGUGUAGUAGUUUAUUAGUGGGCACCGGCGGAGAGAAGCUCUUCUGUCGUUAGCGCUUUCUGAGAUUGGCAUGUGAUUGAGCAUAUCGGACAGUAUGAGAGAGCGAUAUCAGCCUAGUGAAAGAAGCACUGGCAGCCCAACUCUCCUGGAGUGUUUCGGGUUCCACCAGAGACAAUACACAAAGCCAGGCUCACUGAGAUACCACCGCCUCACCAGAGCCUUCCAGCCAAUCAGAUGCCAUCCUGAGGCAGAACCACGCCCACGGGAGUUCCCACGUGUGAACGGUCACGGAAAAGCCGAGCGGGUGGUGAGGGACACGGCCAUGGGCUGUGACAGUGGCUCUAUGAUGAGCAGUGAGCUGGAGUCAAGCUCCUUCAUUGACAGCGAGGAGGAUGAAGAUGCUAGCAGGCUGAGCAGUUCCACAGAGCAGAGCUCAUCUUUUCAGUUAAUGAAGAGACAUAAGCGAAGGCGCCGGCGACACAAAGUGGCUAAAAUUGACAGGUCAUCUUCCUUCAGCAGUAUCACAGAUUCAACCAUGAGCCUCAACAUCAUCACAGUUACCCUCAAUAUGGGUAAGAUCAGCUUGCCUUGUACAUGUACACAUACAGUAUGUCACAAAUUCAUCACUUCCGUGUUCUCUCUCAUUUGCACAGAGAAGUAUAACUUUCUCGGCAUCAGUAUAGUGGGCCAAAGUAACGAUAGAGGAGAUGGUGGCAUCUACAUCGGCUCUAUUAUGAAGGGAGGAGCGGUGGCAGCAGAUGGGAGGAUAGAGCCAGGCGACAUGCUGCUGCAGGUAAAUGAUGUGAACUUUGAAAACAUGAGCAAUGAUGAUGCUGUCAGGAUCCUCAGAGAGAUUGUCUCAAAGAAUGGUCCUAUCAGUCUCACUGUUGCCAAAUGCUGGGACCCUUCCCCUCGGAGUUACUUCACAAUACCCAGAGCUGAGCCAGUUAGACCCAUUGACCCAGCUGCAUGGAUUUCUCACACUACUGCACUUACAGGAUCUUACCCACAAAACGAGUUUGACGAUCUCCCUCUUACAGUGGGAAAAACAGACAUGGCCACCAUCGUAAAGGUGAUGCAGCUCCCAGACUCAGGACUAGAAAUAAGGGACAGAAUGUGGCUGAAGAUUACUAUAGCUAAUGCUGUAAUAGGAGGUGAUGUAGUAGACUGGCUAUACUCACGGGUCGAAGGAUUCAAAGACCGGCGGGAUGCCAGGAAAUACGCCAGCAGCCUGCUGAAACACGGCUAUCUGAGACACACGGUCAACAAGAUCACCUUCUCUGAACAGUGUUACUACACAUUUGGAGAUCUCUGCCAAAAUAUGGCUACACUAAACUUGAAUGAGGGAUCAAGUGGUGCUGGUUCAGAGCAGGACACAUUGGCCCCUCUCCCCCCUCCGUCUACUAACCCGUGGCCCAUGGGCGGCCAGCCCUUCCCCUACCCACCCUUCUCCACAGCGCCCUCUGGUUUCCCCCCAGGAUAUUCCGACCCCUGCCACAGUUUCCACAGUGGCAGCGCAGGAAGUCAUCACAGUGAGGGAAGUCGAAGCAGUAGUUCCAAUCCUAGCGUUGGGAGGAGCCAGCGGCCCAAACCGAGGGACAACAAGGACCGCAAAGCAGCAGGCAGCGGCAGCAGCGAAUCGGAUUCAGGCAACAGAGCAGGUGGGAGGCGGGUUGAGCGGUCAGCCAGCCAGUUGAGCCACCGUAGCCAUACGCUCUCAUCCCGCAGCCACGCUCAUUCCCGCGUCCCCUCCCACCACAGCCGCACAUCCUUCACCUACAGCCACGCUCCCUUUUCCAAGUACGCCCACACCUCUUGUGCACUCAGCGAACGGAGUCACGCCUCCUCUUACGGACCCCCAGGCCUGCCUCCUCCCUACAGCCUUGCUAGAUUGACCCCUAAGGGGGCUAUCAGCAGCGGGCCCCCUGGGGCCCCACCAGUGAGGGAACUAGGGGCCAUACCACCCGAACUCACCGCUAGUCGCCAGUCCUUCCAGCAUGCCAUGGGCAACCCUUGUGAGUUUUUUGUGGAUAUAAUGUAAUCGGAUGAACAGAUAAUAAAUAGCAGCAACACUGAAAUUCAUUCUGUAAUCUCACAAGAUGAGUGCCAUAAAUAUGUGCUCAACUUUCACCAACAGCAACUGUGGCAGUACUGUAGUCACAGGUUUGUGUGGAAGAUUGAGGAUUAUUUAAGAUAAUCAUGUGUUGAGCAGAGGGCAAAUACCCGCAUACACUACUAUGUCUCUUGUGCUCAGCAAGGCUGCAUUUAUGUGAUCAAAAAUACAGUAAUAUUGUGAAAUAUUAUUAUAAUUUAAAAUAACUGUUUUCUAUUGCAAAGUUUGGCAAAGCUGAAUUUUCAGCAUCAUUGCUCCAGUCUUCAGUGUCACAUGAUCCUUCAGAAAUCAUUCUAAUAUGCUGAUUUGCUGCUCAAGAAACAUUUCUUAUUAAUAUCAUUGCUGAAAACUGUUGCUUCUUUUGAAAGUUAAAAAAAACAGCAUUAAUUUGAAAUAGAAAUCUUUUGUAACAUUAUAAACUGUCCUUUUUGAUCAAUUCAAUGCAUCCUCGUUGAAUAAUUACGGAAGAGGAUUAGGGCCAAGCAAUA